ACCAGAAACAGCGCCAUCAUCGCGGUCAGUUCCGUCCAGUUCCGUCGGUUCUACAGGCGCGGCGCGAUCUCCUAAUUUGAUUAUCACGAUCCCCCUGCACCUGGGUGUCCGCGUUCGUGUCCGAGCGUGACCGAAGCAACGCCGAAGUAGAGCCCCGUCCCGAUAAUCGGCAUUCCCGCCGAUCGCGCGCGCGUCCCGCGAUGGCGUCCGCCAAGAGAAAGCAGGACGAGAGGAACCUGAAGACGCUGCGGGAAUUCGUUUCGCAGCCGGGCAACAAGCAAUGCUUCGAUUGCAACCAGCGCGGGCCGACUUACGUCAACAUGACGAUCGGCUCGUUCGUCUGCACUUCUUGCUCUGGUAUGCUACGAGGCUUGACUCCACCUCAUAGAGUGAAAUCAAUUUCCAUGGCAACAUUCAGUCAGGAAGAAAUAGAUUUUAUAAAAGAGCACGGUAACGACUAUUGCCGAAGAGUAUGGCUAGGCCUAAUGAACAUGAACCCACCGCAAAACUUGGACACCAAGGACGAACAAAAGAUGAAGGACCUAAUGAGUGCCAAGUACGAGCUCAAGAGAUAUUACCUGGACCCGUCGAUCGCGAAUCAAAAUAAUACAACGCAACAAAAAUCAUCUUCGAGCAACAGUAGCAGUAUCCCGAGAGUCCCAAACUCGGGGACGCUGCCUGCGCCAGUCAGUCAGAAAUCAAUCGAUAAUGCGGAAUCGAGAAACAACUUGAACAACUCCAAUAAUUUCUCCACGGAUUUCGUCGCCGAUUUCAGCAAGGUUCCUUCCGAUCCCUUUUGUCCUGCGACAACCAAUCACUUUAGCCAGCAGCCGAUCGCGCCGCAGCCGACCUUCUUCGCCAACUUUGACAAUAAUCCAAUCUUCAAUAAUUCGAAUAGUGUGGAAACGUCCGCAAUGUUUAAUCAGGUCGGUUCCACGAUGAAUGGGGCGCACGCGCCACCCUCCGAGGAUCGUUACGCGGCACUCAAAGACUUAGACUCGCUGAUGAAGCAAACGCAAUUGAAAGAGGAGACGGCAGGAAUGCAAUCUACGUGGAAUGCAAAUAAUACAAAUGCAUCGAACGCUACGUGGAGUAUAGGAGUAGGUAAUAAUCAUCAUGUCAUUUCGAACCCGUUCACGGGUGGAGAUUUAUGGCGGCCGUCUGCGAACGUAAUCAACAAUAAUAAUACUCAAUCCGUCGAUAAUUCUCUGUGUAAUUCUGCGAAUCCGUUUAAAUCAACUCAGUUUGCUGUAAAUAAUGAUUCACAAUGGACAACUACAGCUAGUAACAGGGAUGUACUCCAAUUGAGUCAACUUAUGACACCGUUAGCAAACAAAGUAUGGCAACCGACAGUUCCAGCCUAUCAUGCGAAUCCAUUCAUGGUGGGCACGGGAGUAAGUAAUAUGACGAGGAAUUCAAACAAUCCUUUCUUAUGAUUAUGUACGCUAAUAAGCUUUUAACGGAGUUACGAACAAACUAAAUGCAAAACUAAAAUAUUUUAGAUUUAGGCAAAUUGUUAUAUAUAUAUAUAUA